AUGGGUGGAGAAAGUAGUUGGAGUGUGAGUGUAAACGCUAGCAGUGUCGGUGAGGCGGCAUCACGUAACUCUUUCUUCACUGCUAUGAAUACAAUCAUUGCUUGUCUUGCGGUGCUUGGUAAUAGCAUGGUAAUCACAGUGAUGGUGAGCAGACAACGGGCCUUUGAUUCCUUCACUAACCGUCUCAUCCUUCAUCAGUCCGUUAUAGACACCAUUGCUGGUGUCGUCUUCUUCUUGCAUAAGGUCAUCAGACCAGUCGAGAUGACGGUGACUCUGGAAGGUAACGUCUACGAUCAACUGGUGUGUCGUUUAAUAUCCUCGGACUUUCUUCUUUGGGCAGUUAAUAUAGCAUCCACCUACAACCUGGUCAUUAUUUCACUAGAGCGACUCGUGGCAACUUGCUACCCGGUGAAGUAUCGCAAUACCGUGUCUAGUGCUUUGCUGAAGUAUGCUUUAGGGGCUUCCUGGAGCUUAGGGCUCGUCUAUGCUUCCCAUUUGAUCAUGGUCUUUGAGCCCAAUAACGGACGUUGUCGUGACGUAGAUGUGCAACUUGGCAUUCGUCUAAUGGCUGGCUCAAUAGUAUUGUCUGUUGAGUAUUUCAUUCCUCUCAUAAUCAUAGUCGUAUCCUAUACGAAGAUCGUGAUCAUGCUGAGCAAGAAACUUGAUAAACCGGUAAAUGCCCGGCAGCACAGACUGAUUGAAGCGAAGAAAAAUGUCCUAACCACAGUCAUACUUGCUGGUGUCAUGUUCGUGAUCUGCUGGACGCCAACUGAGUACGACUACAUGAAAGCACUCUUCUUCCUUGAGUUUUGGGAUGAGACUAUUUACGAUGCCCUGACUGGACUAUUGGCCUGCAAUAUGUUUGUGAACCCCAUCAUUUACUGCUUAAACUACAAACACUUCAGGCGUCAAUUGAGUAUUCUUGUGGGUAAGGGUUGUCGAUCCAAUCGGGUAGAGGAUCAGCCAGUCCGGUUAGCGUCAAGGGGCGAUUUGCAACCCCGGCCUCCACAGUUGGCUCGCCCGCAGAUUGUACCCGUUGCAACUAUAUCUUCAAAGAAAGGGUAG